GGUUCGUUGGUUCAAAUGGGAGCAUGUCAAAAUUAGACCAAUUGUGGAACUUCUCAACAGUAGCUUAUCGCGUUCGAGGGAUACAACGCAAUCAAAUCUGGAAAAAAAGUUCCGUUUUAUGGUGCCAGACCUUUGUCUGCUCGAUAACGAGCACCGGAUUAUGAUCCAAUUACUAAAAAGUCUACUCUACGCACCUGCCAACAUCAGUCAUUUACUACCCGUGGUAACAACAGGAACGCAGUCAUGGCGCUAAAGCUGGCUUUACUGGCCACCCUGCUGGUUUCGGCCACGGUGGCCUUCCCCGAGCUGAGGAACCCCGUCAAGAUGACCCCGAUCGCAAAGAAAAUGCUGGAAGCCUAUCCCAUCCCGGAGGUGCCCAAGGACUACGAUCGCAGUCAGUCGCGAUCGAUUGGAACGAUGUUCCGGACGAGAGUCGACCACUUCAACCCGCAGAAUCGGGACACGUUCGAGUUCCAGUACUACUCGAACGACGAGUACUACCAGCCGGGGGGACCGAUCUUUAUCUUUGUCGGAGGUAACUGGCCCGUGGAGCAGUACUACAUUGAGCAUGGACACUUCCACGAUAUUGCGUACUACGAGAAUGCGUGGCUGUUUGCCAACGAGCACCGCUACUACGGAAGCAGCCUCCCGGUGGAGGAUCUCUCAACGCCUAAUUUGCGCUUUUUGACCGUCGAGCAGGCCCUGGUUGAUCUUGCGGAGCUGAUCUACCACAUCCGUCACAACGUGGUUCGUGACGACAACGCUCGAGUGAUUCUGUUGGGCGUUGGCUAUGCAGGUGCCAUUGCAACCUGGAUGCGUCAACGGUAUCCCCAUCUGGUUGACGGAUCGUGGGUUUCCAGUGGACAGGUCGAUGCUCGUUUUGACUUUGGGCAACACGCCGUUGAGGUGGGAGGUUUGAUCCGCGAUCAUGGUAACGACGAGUGCUACAGCCAAAUCUGGCGUGCCUUCCGCACUGCGGAAGCUCUGUUGGAUGCGGGACGCACCGAAACCGUCAGUGAGCUGUUCAAUACCUGUUCACCGAUCGAUGAGGAAAACAUGCUGGAUGUGGAGACGUUCUUCUUCAGUAUCAAGGAAGCGAUCCAGACGGAAGUCCUCAGCGAACAGAACGUAGUCUAUACCGAUAGGCUCUGUCAAACUCUGAACAACAGCACGGAGUCUACCGACCUGCAAACGUUGGCAAACUGGGUGCAUGAUCAUUUCUACUUCCUGGACUGUAUGCCAUUUGACUUCGAAUCCUCCACAGAGAUUCACAGCAUCGUCGAUGUCGAUGCCAUCGAAAACAGAAUUCUGGGACUGCGCCAGCGUUACUAUCAGUUUUGCACCGAGUUUGGAUGGUUCCUGACAGCCGACUCGGCCGAUCAACCCUUUGGCUACCGUAUCACCAUGUAUCUCUUCUCGAACUUCUGCAAGGCCGUUUACGGCGAGUGGCUGACCGCCGAAGUGGUGGCCGACGGCGUCCACCUGACCAACAUGCACUUUGGAGGCAAGGAUCCUCGUAUCGCUAAUGUGCUGUUCACCAACGGAGGACUGGAUCCGGUUCGGGAUAUCUCGAUCACCGAGUAUCAGGCACCGCGAGCGAAUGCCGUCGUAAUUCCCGACUACUUUGGCAGUGCCGAUCUGAACUCGAUCAGCGGGUACAACUCGCCUGAACUGCUCGCGGCUAAGAAGCAGAUUCAUGACUACAUCGUAAGCUGGCUGUACGAGCCGGUCGUUCCGAUCGAGGAAAACUGAGUCAUUGCAACUUGUUAAAGUGGUCAUUUAGUUGUAUUUAUGAAAUAAUAAAAUAUAAUUAUAAAUACUUUAUCAAACGCUUUCGUUAUUUGUAUCAAACAGAGAUUCAAAAUUCAUUAUUAUUGUCAUUCUUACAUUUUUGUAUAAGCCAAUCAACGGAAACAACAACAUC